AUGGGCUGUGCAACUCCUGAUAGUGCAUAUAUGCCAUUAAAGGUGAAGAAAAAAUUGAUCUUGAUUAGCAUAUUGAAGACCACUGAAUUACGAGGAGCGUUACCACAAGGUGUCCCCAUUCGCUAUUCACUUCCAUCUAAUGCUUUUCUUCAUGAUGCGGAUUGGAAAGUACAGUUUAUAAUUUUUGUAUUCAGUGAAUUGUACAAUAUCAUCGAAGGCCUUCUACCAUCAUUACUCUAUUUUGUUGAGUAUAGCGAGCUAACAUUUUAUUAUGGUUACAUGUUAGGUUACAUGCUCCCUUUGCCUUACAACAGUUUUUUUGCUUUGGAUUCGGUUAACAUUAGUUUUAGGAUGACUUCAAAUUUUGGAAUGUUUGAAUUUGAUAAACGUGCAGGACCAACGAUAUUCAAGAUAUGUUUUGUUUUACAUAUAGAUGUUUAA